GAUAAUCACAUUUGACCACAGAAUAAGCUAGUCACAAAUCUCACAACAGUCAACAAUACAUUUUUCAAUUUUUCAAAGAAAUGCAAAGUGAACGAGGUGUUGCGUGGUGACGAGUGACGACUGACGAAUAAUAAUUAUUUUGUGAAUUGUGAGUGCGAUAGACAACAAUAAAAAGUUUUUAAUGGGUCGCAUAAUAAGUUUGCUUACUAUUCGAAUUUAGUAAAGUUUUCAUUUGUUACUUUGUGCCAAUUAAAUCGUGUACCUCUUAAAGUAUUCGAGAGCUGAUUUUGAUAUUUAUAUAGAAAUUAAAAUAAAUUGCAUGAAAUGCAUUUUAUGUACUGAAAAUAAAUAAAACGUGCAUUUAUGGGACGUACGUUUUGUGUGACACGUAGCUGACAAAAGGCAAUAUGACGGUGGAGAAGAGUAAAGGCUUCCCAAAAACGGUGCAGCCGGCCACAAGGAAGGUUGCCCCGGAUGGUGGAUGGGCCUGGAUGGUCUGUUUUGGUGUUAGUUUAGUUAAUUUUUCCACCCGAUCGCUGGAGCCGUCUUUCGGUCUACUAUUCAAGGACCUUUUAGACGACCUAGGCGUCCAUACAACAGGGGCAUCUGUGAUCGCAAGUACUCUAGACUCAGUUGUCAAUUUCUCGGGUUUCUUCGUGGGACCAGUGAUAAAAACAUUUUCAUAUAGAAAAGUCUGUUUCGUCGGCUCAACAAUAUGUGCUUUGGGACUGUUAUUCACAGCGCCGGCGAAUAGUAUAGCACAUAUAUUAGCUACAUACAGCAUAAUGGGAGGUUUCGGUGUUGGACUAGCUUCGUCGUCUUCCUUCGUAUCUUUGAACCACUACUUCUCCAAAAAGCGCGGUCAAGCCGUCGGUUUGUCGAUGGCUGGUACCGGUUUUGGUUUAAUGGUGAUGCCUCAGCUAGUCAAGAUUCUCUUAGGAGAGUAUGGGUUCCGAUGGACGGUGGUUAUAUUGGGAGCUCUGGCGUUCCAUGCAGUGCUUGGUUCAACGUUGCUUCAACCAGUGCAACGGCAUCUAAUUGAUGAACCAGUUGAUUGUGAAAUGCAGCAAGUGAAGGAAAUGGAACGUAUAAAUGAAAGCGACGAGGAAGACGAUGAUAAAUUCGAAAUUAAUCCAUUGGUCAGUCACCCGAUGCCCAAAUUGACCACCCAAAGAUCCCACAAUAACAUGAACCAUCCCUCAGUGAGAACAGUUGGUCUGCCCAGGGCCAAAACCUGUGAUAAGCCGUUAGAAGACUUCGAGAAGUCCAAGGACCAAGGGUUGACAACAGCUGCCUCGUUGGCGGCGAUGCCGAUGGUGAAGUCCAGUGGGAGUAUCAGCGAAGCAGCCAGGAAGAGGAAAGUGUCUGUGAUAUCGAAUAUAUCAAAUAUGGAUUUUACUGGGAGUUAUUUUCAGCUGUAUUUAGAUACAGCCGACGAAGACGCGUUACAAAUGAAGUCAAUAAAGAAGAGCGAACCUCAAAAAAAGAAGAAAGAUGGUUUUAUAAGAAAGUUUAUUGCUAUGAUGGACUUGGAUCUGCUAAAAGACUGGUCUUUUCUUAAUCUUCUACUUGGACUUUCUCUGUUCUGGAGUGGGGAAUUGCAGUUUAGGAUGUUGACGCCAUUCUUUAUUAGGAGUUUAGGUUAUAAUAUGAACGAGACAGCGUUUUGUCUGUCCAUGACAGCCAUCACGGAUAUCGGUGUUAGGCUGGUGUUGCCGCCCAUCUUCGACAGAACCACCAUCUCCAAGAAGAUGAUCUUCUUCGUUUCAUCGUUCUUUUUGGCUGCAACACGAUCAGUGUUAGCAGAACAAUCAGAAUGGGUACCAUUAAUGGUAUGGCUCUCAAUUUGUGGUUUCUUCCGAGGAAUGUGUUUGAGCAACUUCACUCUAACCAUAUCUGAAUACUGCCCCCUGGAGAAGUUGCCCGCUGCUUUUGGUCUUCACAUGGUCAGCAAGGGUGUACUCGUUGUACUUAUUGGACCACUGAUUGGCUACGUGAGGGAUUUCACAGGCAGUUUCGCGAUUUGCAUUCACGUACAAAACGCUCUUAUAAUGUCGUGCGUACUCGUAUGGGGAAUAGAGUACGCGUACAACUUAACCCGGCGACGUAAGAUUGUACAAAUAUAGUACUUAUACGGUACUUAGUAUGACUGUUUCGACGAAUUUGUUUUAAUCUGUAGCGCGUUUUUGUUGGCUAUGGAAUAAUGAAUAACAGAUAAGCUUAUUCGUUACUUAGAAAUAAUUUUUUAUCUGUUUAUUGCCGUUGGCAUAUAAUUUUAGUUUAUGAAUUCUUGUUUAAUGACGGUAGUUCUGAACGCAGAUAAGGCAUGAAAUUAUUUUUAUAAGCAAGAAAGUUUAUAAUAUUAUUAGGUAAAAUGACACAAUUUUUAAUAAGCUAUGUGUCAAUUGUCAUUGUCAUAUGACGUAAUAAUUGGCUUGUGGUAUAAUAGUUUUGGCUAUCAAGUGAAUACCAUAAUUUUGCGGGACAAGAGUAAUAUUACGCAAAAAGUAAUUGUCACUGUCAGAUGUGACGUUUCGAUUUAUUUGUGUUCUUUAUGGCCGGUAAAAAGAUAUCCAUCUAAUAUUUUUGGUUAAUAAAUAACACCACAAUUUUGCAGGACAAAAAUUAUGUUAGCCAAUGAAACCCGCCAUUUUUUACUUCAAUGAUAUAUGUACUUGUCAAAGUCUGAUGACAAUUUGAGGUGAAUAGUCUGUGGUCUCGUCUUAUGCCUUGUCUACGUUCAUUUACAUAGCUUUCGAAGGCGGUUAAAUUUUCUUACACAGAAGUACAUGCAAUUUAAAAAUAUGAAUUCCGCCUGUAUAUUUUUUUAUGAAUAAAAUUUUUCUUUUUGGUCAUAGGCAAUGUAACUUUUUAAUGAAUUUUGUAUAACUCAACUUCGGCACUACCAUGACUUAAUUUUUUUAAUCGACGAAAUUUUUCUACUUGAUUUUUAUUGAGAUUCUUAAGUUUAUAUGGUUAUUUCUGACUUUGUAAUCAUAGACACAUAUUUUCUGCGUUGGAUGUAAAACUUUUUUUGAUAAUACCCACACUGCCUGUUGUUUAUUUGUGUGUUUGGUAUGAGAUGUGGUGUUUAAACGCAUUCUAAAUCCAUUUACCCAAUUAUAAUCGUUUUAGAGGACCUUUUUAACUUCGUAGCUCUUUUAUUGAUUGUAUUUUUAGAUGACUGUUGUAGUUUUUGAAGUUUUACGUAGAUUAAGAUCCUAUAGAUAAAUGCUCCUUUAGCUGUUGACUAUAUACGCGACGUAGUGCUUAAGUAAUUUCAUCUAUUGCCUUAUAAAAACCCUUUAUGAGCUACUCAAUCAGAGCUCAUCUUUUACUUAUAAACUUUAUUUAGUGUUAACGUUUCUGUAACUAUCUCAUAAAAAAAAUAUUUUGUUACCAUAGUUCGAUGUUGCCAUGGUAACAAUGACAAUGCUACGCUUUUGACAGCUGAUAUUUUCUCAAGAAAAAUGUAUGAUUUGUAGCUUUUCCGAAACAAUUUUUAGAUAUGGAAUUCGCAAUUAUAUGGGUCCGAGAUUGGGAAGUGUAUACAUAUAUACAUAUAUAUUUUAUAUAAAAAAUUAUGAUUUUUUUUAUUCAUAGAAAUCAGACAUAUCUGUUUUAACUGUUUGUCUCUUCAUUGUAGUAUUACACUUUAUGUCAGAAAGAGACCAGUAAAUAUAUUAUAUUAAUAAAGACCAUGACAUGCCAGCCAACCUGUGGUACCUUUAGUACAAAGUUUUAUAUAACGUUGUGUCUUUCGAAAUAUAUUUGAUAACUUUUCUAAACAUACGUUUUCUUAAAAAUUCAGUACUUUUUUGAUACACGGGAGACACUCAGCGCAAAUUGUCGCCUCUGACGUUUCUGUCUACAGAAUUCUAUUGAAUGUGAUUUGCACUAAAGGUUCUACAGAUAAAAAAUUAAAUUGACAUGUGACACUGUUCCUAAUAAUGACAUUUUUAAUAAUGAAAAGCGUUGUUUGUGUUUUAAGUAUAUCAGAAUUACUUCCUUUUAUAAUCCAGUUUAUUGUUUGUUAUUUCAAAUGUUCUGAUAAUGUUUCGUGUGUGAUACUCGUGUAAUUAAUUGAUUUUUUAAAAUAAUGUUACCGGUUCACAUUUUUAAAAUAUAUUUUAUAGGUUGUGUUAAUAUUGUUAAGUAUGAUCCAGUGAUAUGUUUUGUUCAACAUACGAUGCCUUAAGUAAUUAAAAAAUACAUUUACAUGUUUCUAUCUUCUAAAAAGCGUGAAUAAAAAUGAAAAUUGCCAAAUUUCACCUAAAAAUUUCGUGUGCCAAUUUCAUAUUUUGAAUUAUAUUUGUUGUACUCAUAAUUUUAAUGGCCUGCCUUCCAAAUGUAAGAUGUUUUUUAUAAACAAAAGUCUCUAUAUUUCGAGUAUUUAAGUAUUUUUAUAUCUGAUAAAUUGUUUGUGACAUCUACGCCUGUGUAUUUGAGAUUUUUGACAACUGACACAUCAACCUUCAAGUGUCAAUGUCUAAAUGGCGUUUGUAUGAUGCGGUUAUUUCGCAGGUUUAAAGAGUUUAUUUUUACUAUAAGUUUUAACAAUGGCUGGUGUCUCAAUAUAACUUCGCUCUAUGAAGUGUUUGUAUUAAUGUACUUUAUAAUCAUGUACGUCGUACAUACAAAAUCAAAUUAAACGACUACCCAUUUGGUUA